AUGCAAUACCAUCAAUGUCGUUGCGACGCCAAACAUCAAUGUAAGAAUGGCGGCACAUGCGUUGGUAAGAACACGUGCUCAUGCUCACGUGAUUAUACUGGGCCCCAGUGCAGUCGCCGUCGCCUCGGCACAGCAAUCAACCCCGCACCUAACGCUAAAGCCAUCUUGGAUGCUGGAGAUAGCGGAGGAAGUGGUCUGUAUUGGAUCCAACCUCCUGGAGAACCUAGCCCUGCGUUGACAUACUGUGACAUGGAUUACCAAGGAGGAGGGUGGAUGUUAGCUAGCUACGGAUUUGUUCAUGCCACAUCAACCAGUCCACUAAACAAAGCAAUACCAAACAUGAAUAACCCAAUGGGUUACCUGUGGGAACCUGAGGCGCGCGCAAGCUCCAACGGCCUGGUGAACCUUACACACGGAGCAGUCAUGAUGGCACGUGCGGCGAACCACAUGAUCAUGGCAGCAGGGGGUAAUCCUAGUACAGGCGGUAUUGACAGCUAUUCAUACGUCUGGAGUAUCGAUCUUCGGCAGAAUAAAAUCUACAAUAUAACAUUCGCAAACCACAAUCGCUUCAAUGGUGCGACUGGUAGCAAUGGGAUACCCCAGAUGCAUCUCGCGGAGUUCGUGGUGCAAGGACUCAAAGGGGAGACUGGGAAAUACGUAAGAUACGCCCUAGCGGAAUCUCUUGGCGCCACUUGGGGCGACUCGUACCCUACAGGAUAUGGCUUUGUCAAUGUUGGAGUUGAGUUUGGUACCAUCACACAGGGACCAUUCUUCCCGAGUGUUCAUUCUGGCGAUGGAGGUAGUAAUAUGAACUACCAGAACAAGAUCUUCCAACCGGAUGUGCCACGCGGAAGCGAGACGUAUGUACAUAAAGGCUGGUACUCCGCAACUGCGACGGACAAGAUAGGACAGACCUCGAUUUGGUUCAAGUAGACUUAUGAGACCUCCUUGACAAGGGACCGUAACUGACCGAGACGUUUAGCUUUAGAUGGCAAUGCAUUGUACUGUGCCAAUAUCCUGAUUAGCAUUUUCGCGCGCUUCAGUCAUUGCGCUUGGAAAUAGACUUUCAAUAGCACCAGGGGCGUAGCCAGGGGAUGGCCAAGGCCCUCCCUUCUAGCAGCCAAAAAUACAGUAAAUGUAUGAGACAUUAUCUAAGGUACAACAUGCCUUGAAAGGGCCUUUUGGGCCCCCUCCUGUUAAAAAUCCUGGCUACGCCGCUGAGCACUAUCUUAGUACUAUAUCUAGUUUAACGAGUUGAAUAAAACCCCAGACAAACGA